AUGGCUGCUGUGCCGGGCCAGAUUGUCAACAUUCAAGCAGGCGGAAUGGGAACCUCGUCGCCUACUAGUGGAACCAUCAAUGGCGGACAAGGAUUUGGUAACGGUGGUCAAGCAUCCGAUGGUGCCGGCAGUGGAGGUGGCGGAUCUGCUUUGUUUGUGGCAGGUAACUUGGUGGUUGUCGCUGGUGGUGGCGGCGGUGCAAGGGGUGACGGUGGCGGCUUGAAGGGGCAGACGCUCACCGUUGUAUAUGCGGUUACCCCGAACAAUAAGUUGGUUACCGUUAAUGGUGGUUCGCCCGGCACUACAUCUGCCCCUGGUUCUGUUGGAACGGUGACAGCAAACCCUACCUAUUUCGCAAAUGGAAGUGCCGGGUCUGGUCGCAAUUGUGCCAACGGCCCCCGCGGGCCCAACGGCUCCACUGCCUGA